AUGUCCGAGUCCACAAAAUCUAAAGCUGCUGCUAAGACUCUUGAAGCUAAAGAGGAAGUUCAAAAAGUAUUAAAUAGUUUUUCUCAACAACAACUGCUUCCUAUCCGCAGUAAAUCAGAGCAAAACCGCUGUGAAGCCUGGUCUAACUCAGAUAUAUCCACAUCCGCACCUGCGGCAUUCACUGCUUCAACAGUUGCCACCGUCGUUCCUGCUGCCGCAGCAUCUGUAUCACAGCUUCCUGGUCAUCUGCAAGCUCUGACAUUGAACACUCAACAAUUAAUCGCGCCAGGAGCUGGUAUGGCACUUUCUGCUUCAACCUCGUCAUCCAGAGCUGCCCUAGAACAACAUCAGGAAUAUUGUCCUACGAUGACCGUGUCAAUGACAUCACAUACAACUUUGUUGAUAGAACAAGUUCGUCAAUUGCAACAUGAACUUAAACAAGAAAAAUCAAAAGUUGGUCGCCUUCAGGAGGAGAAUGCAACUCUAAAGCAUUUCAGUUCGUCUACAUCAAAUAAACACUCAUGCACUCAAACAAUUGAUGAAUGUUCCUCUGGAAUUUGGGAUGAAAUAAAUCUUAAUCCCAAAGCUGCUGCUGAAUGGUAUCAACAAUUAGUGCAAAGUGAUGAACAUCCAGCCAUCUGGUAUGAGUUUGUAAAACUAUUUCAAGCUCGGUUUCAAUCACCCGAACGAAUGGAAGCUCUGAAAAUCGAAAGAAAUCGUUGCAUGCAGCAGUCAGAUGAAUCAGUAGCAGAUUUCUAUCAGAGGUAUAAGGGACUAGCAUUAGAAAUUGAUCCUAAAAUCUCAGAAAAAACUCUCAAAAGGCACCUUCUUCCGAAGCUACGUCCGGAUAUCCUUCAAUUAAUGGGUGGUGUUGAUGCUGAUAAAUUAGCGUUGCCAGAUCUGAUGAGAACAGCAGCUAAAGUUGAAUUACACAUGCUUCAACGGAAGAAAGGAGGUCAACAGAGAACUGGCGAAUUAGCAGAAUCCUCCAUGGCAAUGAAGUUUUCGAGAAAUCAGGAACAACGAGAAAUCUAUUCAUAUACAACAAAAAGAUGUUCAACUAAUCCUGAACCCGUAGUAGCUGCCAUUGAGUCGAAAACGCUGCCACCAACCAGUUCUCUAGAGCAGCCAUCAUUUUUGUCACCUAUCGCAGAAAGCCUCAAAUUUGCCUCGACAACAUACGAACAAUCAACAUUUAAACUAACAAGGAAGAGGUGCAAUGAGGAUACACCUACUUCCAUAUUUACAAAAUCCUCAUGUGUCUCACGAUUUGUUGAUCCUCGAUCAUCACCUCCGGAGGAUAAAACGGUAUCAGUGAAACGAACUCAGUUCAGCGAUGGUGGAAAAUCUGAUGCAGUAGAAGCGUUGUGGAAAUUAAGCGUAGCAGGCCGUAAUGGAGAGGUUUCACAAAUGAAUAAGCAACAAAUUCUAUCUGUAUUCAACAACGUUCAUAAUUCAGAUUCGAAAUCAGUAAAAGAUGCGAAGAAUGAUUCAACAACAAUCACCGCAGAUGACUCCAAUGAUGAUACCAUGUCGGAGGAGGAUGCACUACAACAAGAUGUCGAAGAAGAUGAUCAUGAUCCAUUAUGUCCUGAAAAACGAGCAUCUAAAAAUUCAUCUAAGAAAGCUCGAACAAGGAGGAAACUGAGAAAACAGAUCAAAUUGUGGAAAAAAAUGAAAAGAACAAAAGCGAAAGAAAAAACAAAACGUAGAAAUGCCGAGAAGAGAACGAAAUCUAACCCAGUUCUCGUGAAUCAGAUGAUAAACUCCCAACCAACAUCUCCUGAUUCCAAUUCAAAGUAUCGAAUCACGAAAGGCUGUGCUACAACGAAAGCAAAUCUGACCUCACGAAGACAAGUCAUCCAUAAAGGGCAAAGAUUGGCUUAUCUAAAACCAUUAGCAAGCCAAUGGAUCACACCUUCAACGGGAAUUCUUCAACCACAAUCACAACACUAUGCAAUCCAUAAUCCCGUCGAUGAUCAUGUGUAUGUUUUACACACAAGUCGAAAACGUGAUCUUGCACGAGUAUAUGCUACUAAAGUUUUAUUUGACAUUAAAAUUGAUACAAAUUCACAUAAUAUUAUAUAUGCUUAUAUAUCAAAAUUAAGUGCAAUACCUAAUGAAGUAGAAGUUUUAUUUAAUUUAGAUGCAAUUAUGGAUGUUUCUGCGCAUGCACCAAUACCAAUCACUAUUGAAGAUGUUAUACAAUAUUAUUGGGUAUCCAAUAAUAUUGAAUCCCAAUAUUAUUACAAUAUUGUACGAGCGAUAUCACUUUUUGGUAUGUUUUUAUUAUUUAUGGGUGAUUAUGAAAAAUGUGCUGAAUAUAAUGAAAAUUUACUGAAACAUACAUCACAAAAUGAUUAUAAUCGCUGUACGAUUAUGGAAAAUCUUGCGUUAGCUUACUCAAUCAGUGAACAAUAUGAUUUAGCAGUAAAAUAUACAAUGGAUUCUUUGGCAGCCACAUAUGUGAUGCCUCCAGGCAAUAUCCCUUACUGUUUCAUGUGUUAUUAUGCUAAAUCGAUUGUUCGUGACCUAGUGGAUAUAGGUAUGAUUUUCGCAAGUGGAAACGGUAUGAAAUUGCAUUUAUAUAUUAUGAACAAGCAUUCAAAAAUGUUCAAAGUUUGCGCCAACAUCUGCAAAUAUGAUAGAGGUAGUGUAAAGGUGGCAAAAGUAUUACAGGUGCUAAGCACUUUUUUUUGCUGUUCUGGCAAUAUGGUUUUGUUCUUGUUCUCACGUUAAACUAAAAAAUUGAGGCUUUGAAGAAAAAACCUCAAUAAUGCAUAACUUUUGUAAAAAAGGUCGCGGAGUACUGGGAAACGUCUCAUUUUGUAGCCCACACUUUGCUCUACAUUACGCUAUGCUCAGCUCAAAAUCCGAAAUUUUUAGAAAAAAGAGGGGGAAAU